CGGCGGAUCUGCGCGCCGCGCGUGGCGGCCAUGGGGGAGCAGCAGCCGCUGCCCGAGGUAGAACAAUGUGUCACGUCCAUACCAGAAGAUCAUGAGGCCACAUGUUGGGGCUGUGGUCUCCGGCUUGUUUUUACAAGUUAUGCACCUGUAUACAAGUGUGGCUGGUGUGGAGCAGUCACACAAUGCGACCAAACUUCAAGAAAACCUGACAGUGUAUGCUUUUCCCGCUGGAGGCGUUUCCGGGAUGGGUUCUUUGUGACUGUGCUCAUGCUCUUCAUGCUCUUUGUUAUAUGCGGUGGGGUCUGGGCGGUAUAUCCAGUUGUUUUCUCAAUCAGCAUGUUCUGUGGCAUCUUUCACUGCACAGUAGCAGCUUUCUUAUCUGUAUUUACAAUUGCAAGUUACUGUUUGGCCUCUCUGAAGUCUGCUGGUGCGCCAGCAAACAUACGGUGGGGAAGCUAUCCAAUGGUCGAAAAGAAUGAUCUUGAGAACUAUACAUUUUGUACAUACUGUAGUAAACCUAAGCCUCCAAGAGCACAUCACUGCCGAUCCUGUAAAAUGUGUGUGGUGGACAUGGAUCAUCAUUGCCCAUUUAUUGGAAACUGUGUGGGAGCUUCAAAUCACCGAGCUUUUGUCAUUUUUCUUAUAUCUGUGGUCACGAGUUGCAGUUAUGCUGCUAUUAUGACCAUUUAUGCAAGUUAUCAUAUAUGGCCCCCUCUAGAUUUUCCAAAUCUAUCAUCAUACGGUCACUCAAAGGGUUCUAUGAAAUUACUGAUGGAGAUUAUUACUACCUUGGCAAGUUCCGCAUUCUUCUUGUCAGCGAGGGGUAUAAUUCUGUUAUAUCUUGCGUUUGCCAGUCUGUCGGUUAAUGCUGGUAUAGCUGUGUUACUGUGUCAGCAACUUAGUUAUAUAUAUGAAGGAAAUACAUAUAUUACUCGUCUAAGUUCAUCAAAUGUCACACAAGGGGAGAGAGGAUUGCAAAAUCUUGUUCGAUUCUUCGGCUGUCCAUAUCCUUUUUCGAGAGUGUUGUUGGGCUACUUGAACAAGUCGCAGGACAACUCAGGCUCAAAACUUCUGUAGAGGUAUGCAUCACAUUUCUUCAAGCAAUGUUUUUUUCUUACCAGGUAGCUUGCGUAAACAAGCUAAUUUUCCUUUCAAUUAUUACUGUGUUAAGAUAUGUACGAAUACUCUACUGUGAAAAAAGUAUAUCAUCCGGCUUACACAGGUUUUUUAUUAGUCUGCAUUUGCCAAAG